AUGGAAUCUAAGAACGAUAUUCUUACAAAAGAAGACAAAGAUUUUAUAGUUGAUGAUGGUUAUAAUCAUGAUGACGAUCCAACAUAUGAGCCUAAAGAUUCCUCCUCAUCUGAUGAUGAUAAAUAUGUUGUUACCGGUAAAGAGUUUAAAAAACUAGCCAAAAAGGCUAAAAAACUCGGUGCUGAAUCGUUUGAUUAUUCAACACGCAAAAAUAACAAAUAUGUAGCAACACUUUCAAGUGGAAAGUAUAUUCAUUUUGGGUCAUCACAAUAUCCAGACUUUUUAAUUCAUAAAAAUGAAGAGCGAAAAGAGAGGUAUCUUGCUCGAGCUAAAAAGAUAAAAAACAAACAGGGUGAGUUAACGUUUACUAAUCCUGAAUCGGCUAAUUAUUGGAGUGUGAAUUUACUUUGGCCAGAAAAAUAAAUUAUGAUUUAAAGAUGAAAUUAUUAUAAUAAAAAUGCAGUUAUCCAGUUACGAUCAUCUAACGACUGACAACAUUAUCUUUUGAGGCUAAAGAGUAUAAGGUUAAAGAUAGCAAGAUUAAGUAUGAGCGUAUCCCAAUUGAAGUCAAAUAUCCAAAUGGAAAAAAAGGAGCUUUGGUAAUUGAAACUCCACUUCUUUUCUCUUUUGGCGUGAAUGAGAAGAAGAACCAAGAAACAAACAAGUUAGUAGGUUAUAGUAUUCCAGUAUGCCUUUGGGCUAAAGAUAGUGAGCCGAAUACUAAAAAAAAAGCAUUUUUUGAUGCUAUUAACAAUAUAACAACUAUUUGCCAGCAACAUCUAGAAAAUGACUACGGUGCAGAUUUAGCAUCAUCUCUGUCUUCACCAUUUUAU